UGAAAUUUUAAUUAAUGUGGGUGGGCUGAGAACACCACCGACUGUUUAUGAUGGACAAUUUAUUUCCCAGUGCAAAGUCAACAUAACACAGCAAACGUACAACAAUUAUUAACAUUUCUUCUGGGGGCCUCAUGAGGUUGGGGAGUCAGUCAGUGGAGGAGAGGAGCUCCGGGAGCAGGCUCAACUUUCCCCGGGACACACUCCAGCUUCUCCGGCGUCAUGACUCUCUAUCACGGUCGUCUGCCGUCGUUCGGAGUGCCAUCUUCGGCCCUAAGCCUCUCUGGUCCCCCGCUGAUCUACUUGUACGGAGGGGACAGCGGAGGGGUUGUCCCCGCUGCCUUGAGUUUCGUGCCGACCCGCCAGGAGCCUCCGCAGAAGCCGCCAUACAGCUACAUCGCACUCAUCGCCAUGGCCAUCAAGAGCGCACCGGAGCAGCGCGCAACGCUCAGCGGCAUCUACCAGUUCAUCAUGGACCGGUUCCCUUUUUAUCAUGACAACAAGCAGGGCUGGCAGAACUCCAUCCGCCACAAUCUCUCCCUCAACGACUGCUUCAUCAAGGUACCCAGAGAGAAAGGCCGGCCCGGCAAAGGCAGCUACUGGACUCUGGACACCAAGUGCUUGGAUAUGUUUGAGAACGGCAACUACCGCCGGAGGAAGAGGAAGGCGAAGAGUCACCAGGAGGCUCUGGAAUCCAAAACUGCUGGACACAAGCGCACCAAGGGCCCAGGGCCAUCCAAGGACCCUCACGCAUCUCUGAAACAGACUGGCUCUGGAGUGGCAGAGGUACCAGUAAGGCAGGAUGCGGAGAGGAUGGAGACACAACCAACCUCAAAACCCGUUCUUGCCGAAUUCAAUCACGCUGAACAGCCGCAAAAUUCACCCACACAGAGACAUAAAGUGUCCCCCAACCAAGACGCCCCUGCGCCCGCCGAGAAGAAACGUGACUCCCCUCAGCCGGAGUCGUGUCCCGCUCCGAGACAUGCUCAACCGUGGAUGGAGGCUGAGCAUCUCCCAGGCGCGUCCCUCUGCCGGGAGCAGGAAGAGAGAAGGUCAGCAUUCAGCGGAAGAGAAAGAGAGAGAGGUCCGCUCUGCGCCGUCAGCUGCGCAGGAAACACGAACUUGGCUGCACUUGCGCAGGACAGACCGAAAGGAAAUGUUCCGAGCAGGGAUAAAUCGAAAUGUUUUAGCAUUGAGAGCAUCUUAUCUAAAAGUGAAGACGAAAUGCGCAACAGCAUCCUCGGUUUGGCGGCGGAGGCAUGCGCAGAGCGCCAAAGUCCCGCUUUCAGCCCGUCUGUGUUCCUGGGUAGUCGACAGCAUCAGUUGUACCAGAUGGGAUUUCCUCUGUGUUCUUACCUGUCACUCACCUAUCCCGACAAAGUAAUGCAUUUUAAAUGAGUGCAAUGAUGAAAUCAGACUUUAUUGUAUUUUACGCACAAAUGCGCAGAUAUGUAAAGUCUAUAAUUAGCUUCACACAGUGAGUUACUGUGGGGCAGCUUGCUGCUCUGCUCUUUUCAGGAUCUCUGCAAUCUCUACACAGCUAUGUUCAGACAAUGACAGAGAUCGCAGCAAGGCUUUUAGAUCCAAUUUUACGCAUGCGUAAUUGUCAGGUUUGUGGUUAUUUUUACCAUUUUUUUUCCAAAGACAUUGCUCUUAAAGUCUACGGCUUUAACGUAUUCUUAACUGCAUAGAUAUGUUGUUAUUGUUCAGGUAAAUGUUUAUGGAAACCUGAGAUAUAUUUCUCUCCUCACUCAUGAUAGAAAAAAAAUUACAGUAAAA